AUGUAUGUUUUCAUAAUUAAGCAGCCAGUCCUAAGAGAUCAAGUGCAACAAGUACGUCCUCCCAUGCACGUAGAUGUUUCCAGAACCAUCAAGAAAGCUUCUGUGAAAAUAUUGGACGCCUUUGUUGAUUCGGUGUUUGAGUUUGCUGACCAGCCAUUGCUCCCUUCUCAGAAUAACUUUUCUCCAGUCGAGGAGUUGAAAGAAGCCGUCCUGAUAACCGAUAUUGAAGGAAAAAUUCCCAAUAAUUUCCGGGAAGGUGUCUACAUCAGAAAUGGACCAAACCCCCUUUUUGGAGGACUGAAAGUGACUAAGUCCGUGUUUGGAAGGUCAAGUCACGCUUGGGUAGAAGGAGAAGGAAUGCUUCAUGCCGUGUAUUUUAGUAAAGAUAGUGAUCAUGGGAACUGGAAGGUGGUCUACAAUAACAGUCAUGUUCAAACCGAAACGUUCAAGCUAGAAAAGCAAAGAAACAAACCGUCUUUUCUACCUGCCUUAGAAGGAGAUUCACUAGCCAUUUUAUCUGCGUAUCUGCUGAAUUUGUUGAGAUUUGGCAUGGUAAACAAGUACAUAAGCAACACCAACAUUUUCAAGCAUUCGGGGAAAUAUUACUCAGUUGCAGAGAAUGCCGUGCCUCAAGAGAUCGACAUUUGUACUCUAAAAACUUUAGGCAAUUGGGAUGUGAAUGGAGCAUGGAAACGACCAUUUACCAGCCACCCAAAGAGAGCUCCAGGUACUGGGGAGCUAGUUACAAUAGGGGUGGAUGCUGUUAAACCUUUUCACGUAGUGGGGGUCAUUUCUGCUGAUGGAGAUAGAUUGGUUCAUGAAGUGGAUCCGGGACUGAAUAGGUCUACAAUUAUUCAUGAGCUAGGGGUCACCCAGAGGUAUAUCGUGAUCAUGGAUUUCCCUCUAACUAUAGACCUAAAAAGAGUUGUUCGCGGAGGCCCAUUAAUAAAGUACAAUAAGGAAGAAUAUGCAAGGAUUGGGAUAAUGCCUCGGUAUGGUACUAAUUCAGAUUCAAUCAAGUGGUUUGACGUGGAACCCAAUUCUACAUUUCACAUUCUCAACAGCUUCGAGGACGGUGAUGAUGUUGUAUUAUGGGCGUGUAGAGCCCUUGAUUCAAUCAUACCGGGACCUGAUAUGGGUUUGAAUAAAUUUGAGUGGUUUUCCAGAAGAUUUAAACCUAUAAACUCUGUAGAUCAUGAUCUAGACGGUACUAUUAAUAGUACCUCAGCGGAAGAUGGAUUAUUAUUUACUCGUUGUUAUGAAUGGAGAUUGCACAUGCAAACUGGUGAAGUUAGGGAGAGAAACCUCACUGGAACAGAAUUCUCUAUGGAUUUUCCUAUAAUCAAUGGAAAUUUUACAAGAGUUAAAAAUAGAUACGGGUACACCCAAGUUGUUGAUUCCAUUGCGAGCUCUACCUCAGGCAUGAUGAAAUUUGGAGGUCUAGCCAAACUACACUUUGAGGAGCCAGAGAGAAAAGUACAGACUGAUGAUCAGGAGCUGAUAAAGGCGGAAUAUCAUAUGUUUGAGGAUAAUACCUUUUGCUCGGGUGCUGCUUUUGUCCCGAAAGAAGGAGGUUUUGAAGAAGAUGAUGGUUGGAUAAUCACUUUUGUUCACAACGAAGAUACUAACAUAUCCAAAGUUUAUAUAAUUGAUGCAAAGAAGUUUUCCUGUGAGCCGGUUGCCAAAAUUACCUUACCUUGUAGAGUUCCAUAUGGAUUUCAUGGAGAUUUCAUGCCAAUCAGCUCAUGA